GGCGGCAGCUUCGAUCGAGGAAUGAUGCCAAGAAACCCAUAUCAUUCUGCAGUGGAUGUCCGAGGUCAGGUCAAAUCCCUCUGUACACUGGUAUGAUCGGCUCUGAGAACAUGCACAACAUCGACAACAUGAACGAAUCCUUUCACCCACUAACCCUGAAGAGGAGCGUCGUGCCCCCGUAUGCGCCCACAGCACGCCGAACCACCAUCCCUGGAUAUACAGGCAAGGCUGCUUAUGCAAACUCUGGUGCUGAUGCUGCAGUCUCUGUCCCACCUGUCUCCAGUCCUGCACGCUCCUCUGGGACAAUCAGAGAAUCGGGGCACCCUACUUUUGGCCACGCGGCGCCCCUGUCUCGAAUGGUGACCGCCACGACCCCCUGCAACCCCUUCCUGAGACCUGCGCUUCCUGUCACACACAAGCACGCGAGGAGGCAUUAGACAAAGGCGAUGAGAAAGUUUUGAAGGUGUCAGCUUCCUUUUUAUACCAUCCAAUCUGUUUAUAUGAAUACGUCUAUAAUGAUGUGAUGUCAGUGACUGAUUCAGAGUGAGUGGGAGAAUAAUGAGAUGCCCCAUUAUCAUAAUUUCCCUGAUUUAGAUGAGUGGUUUUCUAACUCUGGGUAGUGAGCUCUUGCAUUGUCCUCUUAAACAUUCGCUCUCUCACUAACUCACUCGCUCACUGUGCGUGAGUGUGAGUGUGUGUGUGUGUGUGUGUGUGUGUGUGUGUGUGUGUGUGUGUGUGUGUGUGUUUAUAUCAGCCCACAAACACUGUUUCCGUCAUGAGGGGUAAAAAGAGACCAAACAGAGAUAAUAUU